AUGCCGGGAACUACAGAGACCGCGUUGAAGAGGAAGCGGAAGGGAAAAUCGGAGCCCGCCCAGAAACGCCCACGGUCGGACAGCAACAGCAGCAGCGGCAGCGGCGGCCACGAUGACGAGCAAUCGCGGAUCCUGCUCCUAGAACAGGGCAUCUUGGAGUCGAGGAAGAACUACAACAACAUCACCACCUUGAUUGGGAUUUCACGGAAACAAGAUGAUGGCGCCGAGGCUGCUAUGGUUGCUGCGGUGUCGCUCUGCAGGAUCUUCAUCCGUCUCCUCGCAUCGGGAAACCUGUCUAGGACGAAGGAUGCCUCCGAGAAGGACGAGACGAUUGUGCGGUGGCUUCGAGAGCGGCUGGGGGAGUACCAGGAGAGCCUCAUAUCAAUGAUUAAGCGUGACGAAUUAGCGCUUACGGCUUUAACUCUUUCCAUGAGGAUCCUGAAAGCGGAAGCCGAACACUUGCACAGCAACGCCGAGUACAGCUUCCCAAGAGCAUUCUUCACCGAGAUUGUGGCCGCCCUCGUACAACCCGGGGUGGAUGGCAGUGUGAGGGAAGAGUUCCUAGGGAAAUUCGUCAAUGAGUACGACGAUAUCCGGUUCUACACAUUCAAGUCCAUCAGGGACAUUCUCACACGCCCAGCUUCCGAAACCUCAGAGCAGACCUUGGAUAACGUGUUCGGCCUUCUUACUUCAAUUGACGGGGUACCUGGCUCGAACAAGGACCUUGAGGAUUUCUACGUCGACCGGCCCAACGCGAAGAGCCAUCCGCUCUUCUUGUUAUCGCAACACAAGAAACAGGCGCAAGAGGCGUGGCUUGCGCUGAUGAGGCUGGGACUGACCAAGGAUCAACGGAAGAAGGCACUAGAAGUGAUGACUGUCUCGAUAUCACCGUGGUUUAGCAAACCCGAGCUCCUGAUGGACUUCCUCACAGAUUCUUACAACGCUGGCGGUUCAACAUCCCUCCUUGCAUUGUCAGGAGUCUUCUAUCUAAUCCAGGAGCGAAAUCUCGACUAUCCCCUGUUCUACCCCAAGCUGUACUCCCUGCUGGAUGCGGACAUCCUACACUCGAGGCAUCGCUCUCGCUUCUUCCGCCUUCUGGACACAUUUUUAGCAUCCUCGCAUCUGCCUGCGGUCUUGGUCGCGAGCUUUAUCAAGAAGCUGGCAAGGCUGACACUCAACGCCCCUCCAAGCGCCAUCGUCGCAAUCGUGCCUUGGAUGUACAACCUCCUGAAGAAGCAUCCGCUCUGCACGUUCAUGCUCCACAGAGUGCCGAGAACGAAGGAGGAGAAGGAUCUGAUCGAGAGCGAAGGAGUCGGAGACCCGUUUUUGCCCGACGAGCAGGACCCGAUGGAGACACACGCCAUCGACAGCUGCCUCUGGGAGAUUGUGCAGCUGCAGUCGCACUACCACCCCAACAUUGCGACCAUCGCGAAGAUCAUCUCGGAGCAGUUCACGAAGCAAGUCUACAACCUGGAGGACUUCUUGGACCACUCGUAUGGAAGUCUCUUGGAUGCCGAGAUGUCCAAGCAAGUCAAGAAAACUCCGGUGGUGGAGUUCAUGAUCCCGAAGCGGAUCUUUUCGCGUGCAGACAGCGCCUCAGAGGAGCAAGAUAGUCUGCUUGUCGAGCUGUGGGACUUUGGCUUGCCCUGA